AUGGAUCGAAAACGGAAAAGCUUUGGAUUUUCUGGAUUCAGGGUUGCCUCGAAGUCCAGCGAUUUGUCUUCUUCUGUCGAUAAAGAUAGCUCGACGAACAGUCGUAGAAUCCAUGAUGCUGAAAUGGAGGCUUCUGGUUCCCUGCAGUAUGGCACCAAUCGUAAAUGGUACAUGGACGACGACGAGUCAUUGGAAGAUGACGGAGAAAGCGCAGAAGCUCCAUCACGAAGAUCAUCUAACCAGGAAGAUGACGAGGAUGAUCCUUUGGACAGUUUCAUGGCAGGAAUUGAGGCCCAAGCAAGGAAAGACAAGGAAGUAAGUGAGAAAAAAGCAGUGAUGGAACCGCCUUCUGAAAAGAAGAAAACCGCUCUAGGAAGAACCGACAUCGAAGACGAGGAUGAACAAGAAUCGUACUUUAAAUGGGUGGAAGAAAAUAAAGAAAAACUGGAGCGAAGUUCAGACAAUGAGGAAGAUGAUGUUGAAUAUGAUGAGGAAGGGAAUCCGAUAGUUUCUCAUAAGAAGAUUAUGCAGCUUCCUUUCGGUUUCACCAUAUUUCUAUCCAAGGUCAUAUGGAAUCUGCUUUUGGUGCAACGGAAUAAACGUUCGCUCCACUCCCACAUCGAUCCCCUGAAGCGGAUCGACCAUUCUAUGAUCAGCUAUGAGCCUUUCGAAAAGAACUUCUAUUCGGAACACAGCGACAUCAGCCAACUUAGCCAAGACCAGGUGAACGGAUUGCGCAAGAAGCUUGACAUCAAAGUUAUCGGCGCCAAUCCGCCAAAACCGGUGUCCAGUUUCGCCCAUUUCGGUUUUGACUCGAAGUUGAUGGCUGCUAUUCGCAAAGCUGAAUAUUCUGUGCCAACGCCGAUCCAGGCUCAGGGUAUUCCUGUGAUACUCAGUGGUCGAGAUAUCAUUGGCAUUGCGAAGACCGGAAGUGGCAAAACCGUCGCUUAUUUGUGGCCAGCACUGGUUCAUAUCAUGGGGCAGCGUGAGCUGCUCGAUGGCGAAGGUCCAAUUUGUCUCAUUCUGGCACCUGCAAGAGAACUCGCUAUUCAGAUCUAUAACGAAGCGAAGAAGUUUGCAAAGGUCUAUGAUUUGCGGGUGGUAUGCGCCUAUGGAGGUGGUUCGAAAUGGGAACAAUCUAAGGCGUUGGAGGUUGGAUCAGAUAUUGUAGUCGGAACACCGGGACGUAUUAUUGACAUGGUGAACAUGGAGGCAAUGGAUUUGAAUCGUGUCACUUAUCUUGUUUUGGACGAGGCGGACAGAAUGUUUGACAUGGGAUUCGAGCCACAGGUACGAUCAAUUGCUGAUCACGUUAGACCUGACCGUCAGUGUAUGCUGUUCAGCGCGACGUUCAAAAAGAAGAUCGAACAUCUUGCGCGCGACGUAUUGACCAAUCCGGUGAAGGUUAUUCAGGGAGAACUGGGCGAGGCUAACGAAGACAUCGAACAAGAAGUCAUUGUGCUGCCGUCCGGUCCGUCAAAGUAUGCAUGGCUUCUUGAGCGGCUAGUGAGCUUCUGCACACUUGGUAAAGUGCUCAUCUUCGUGAACCAAAAGCAGCAUGUCGAAGAGCUAGCCAAUAAUUUGAAAGCGAAGGACUUCAGCGUCUGCGUUCUGCAUGGCGACAUGUUGCAACACGAAAGAAACGAAGUCAACCACGCGUUCAGAAAAAACGUACCAAUUCUCGUUGCGACUGAUGUUGCUGCUCGUGGCUUGGAUAUUCUUGCGAUUAAAACAGUUGUAAACUACGAUGCUGCUAAAGAUUUGGAUACUCACAUCCAUCGAAUCGGUAGAACCGGACGUGCUGGUGAAAAGGGUUGGGCUUAUACUUUAUUAACAGAAAAAGACAAAGAAUUUGCCGGCCAUCUGGUUAAGAACCUAAACAGCCUUAAUCAAGAGGUGCCGCCCAAAUUGCUAGAAUUGGCCCUUCAGGUUGGUUACAGAGUUUCAAAAUUUUUAAUGGCUUCAAUUAGUUUUCUGUAUGUAUUAAAAUUUAGUUUGAUUAAAUAGGG